CUUAACAAUUAUUUUAAUUUAUUUCCUAAUAUUUUAUGCAUAUUCUCUAGUCUAUUUAAAUAUCAUCCAUGGCUUCCUCCUCGUUGCUUCAAUUGUGCUUGAUCUUUGUAGUUUUCGGAUCGGCAGUCGCUCAAUUAUCCGAGAAUUACUAUGCAAAAUCAUGCCCCCAAGUUAAAAGCAUAAUUGAAGAUGAAAUUAGGCAAACGUUAAAGAAAGAACCUGGCAUGGGUGGAUCUCUUCUUCAUCUUCAUUUCAGUGAUUGUGGAAUUGGUGGAUGUGAUGGAUCAAUAUUACUCGACGAUACACCAAAUAAAUCCGGGGAGAAGUCUUCUUUUAUAAAUGCAAAUUCAACUUGGGGAUACGAAGUCAUUGAUAGGAUCAAAGCUCGACUAGAAAAAACAUGCCCUGGUGUUGUAUCAUGUGCUGAUAUAUUAGCAUCAGCUGCUCGAGACUCUGUUGUUACGCUUGGUGGACCAGCGUGGCCAUUACCAUUAGGAAGAAGAGAUUCAACUGAACCACAUAAGAUGUUGACUGAUGCCUUAGGUUUUCUUUUUAAUGCGAAAUUACCAGCUCUAAUUAUGGCCUUUAAACAAAAAGGCUAUACAACAGAAGAAUUUGUGGCUUUGAUAGGUUCUCACACAAUUGGUAGGGCAAGAUGCUUAACCUUCCGAAAGCAUAUCUAUGACGAUAAGAACAUAGAUCCUGCCUUUGCGAAGGCGAUGCAAGCACAUUGCCCCAAGGUUGGAAACAAUAGCGAACGUAUACCAAUCGACUCCACCACACCAUACGUGUUUGACAAUGCAUACUUCAAAAACUUGUUGAAACAAAAAGGUCUUCUUGGCAUUGAUCAAGAACUAUACACUGGAAAGGGAGGAAUCACAGAUGCCAUUGUCGCGAAUUAUAGUUCAAAUCAGGAUAAUUUUUUCAAGCAAUAUGUUACGGCAAUAACAAAGUUUGGACAAACUGGUGUUCUUACCGGCACUAAAGGAGAGAUUAGAACUAAUUGCAGGAAGGUUAAUGCUCCAAAAUUUUGAAACUUGCUAUAGAUUAACGUGUGUAUUGUAUGGAAUAAAUAUAAAAAAAGAACUAACUAUAGGAUGGUUAAUUGUAUGUUUGUAAUUCCAAUCAUAGAAAAAGGUGUGCACAAGUUACUAUCUCUAAUAAAUACUUGAUUCCAAUA